UAUAAAUGUGCUAAAGUAAUAAUGAUGACAUAGUUCCUACUAUUUUCGAUUUCAUCAUUUCAAGAUACUUUUUAAAUUAAUCUGUUCCUUAAAUUACAACGUUGAAUAGCCGAAAUUAUGCUCUAACUCUGCGGGCGAUUUCAUCAUAGGUUAACAUUCAUUUUAUAUUUCCGGUAUAUGUCGACUUACACAAUCAUUUUUGGCACUUAACCCACGUCUAAAUUUCGUAAGUGAGAGAUAAAAGAAAGGAGCGGAUAAUUUAUUCGAAUGAUUGGUCAGUGUGAAAGAGGAUCCAGAGCUCGCAACUGAUGUGACAUGAUUGCAGUAAGUAGAAAGCACCUUCUUCGUCCAAAGAAACCAAUGCGAAUCUGCAAAUCCUUAAGCCGGAUUGGUCGACGAUUUGUGUGGGAUCUAGCGGCAACCCUUAUAGAUCGACGAAGCAGAUCCAUGAUUCAAUCGUACCUGUGUCGACUUGAGUUAAAACUCGUAGAAGCCAGCCUUACACGCAAUCUACUUCGAAAAGAUGUUUUGGUGCUACAACUUUCUGACCUUUCUUCUUCUAUUAAGCAACAUGCAUGGGGGCAUGUCAAAGAGCAGAGUGCGACGCCAAAAUUUACCAGCACAAAGUGGUCAGCUGAUAGACAGUAUCUUCAAUGUAAGCGCUAUAAUUCCAAUCACAGCGAUUAGACAAACCGCUUCAGCCGUUCAAACUAUUUCGCCAGGGAACAAACAGAGAAUUGACAGUAUUGUUCAGAUCCCUGUCUCAACUUUACAAGCUGUUGGCACAUUUAUAAAAACUACAAGGGAGCAGGGGCAACAAAUUCCGGAUAAUAUUCAAGCUCGUCAAGAGAGGAGAGAACGGAUUUUGGCUCUAAAAGAGCAGAAAAGAAAGCGAAAAGAAGAAAUUCAAAAUCAGCGGUUACUGCAGCAGCAAUUGAAGAGAACUGUUAGACAUCAUCAAAAGGACCCAUUUGGAUUAGAUGCAUUGAGUAGUCUUUUGAUUGGACAUCACGCUGGUGGACUUUUAGGCCAUCAUUCUGGAUUGGGUAGCAGGCUUCACAGAGGUCAUAAAAUUAGUCAUGGCCUUCACAAACCUGGAAUUCAUCAUCACAUUCAUGGUAAGUAAUGUAAAUUGAUAUUU